CUCAGCCCAUGUCCCCAUGCUGGCAGAAAAGAGAGAGGACCCAGGAAAACCCAAAUUGGCAGGGGACCAUGGAGAAGGGGAUGCAGGGCUUGCACACUCCUCCACAAGAGACAUAAGCCACCCUGAUGAAGCCCAGAUGCCAAAAGGGAUGCUUCUGAACAGGACACCUCACAGCCCCUGGCGACAGAGCCGUAGCUUUCAUCUUGAUGCUCCCUGUGAACACAGUACCCGACAUCACCCUCAGAUUAAGCUUCUAGAGCCACCUCCAGGAAUCCCUGGGGUGAAGGUACCUGAGAAGAAUGACCUGCACAGCAGUCAAACCAAGCUUACUGUAUUCCUCAAACCAGCAAGGAUUCCUAAGAAUGCCCAGCCUGUGGUGCCCCAGGCAUCACAGGGCCAGCUUUUCCUGGGCCAACUCGUUCAGGGUAAGCCUUUGCAGGGCCAAACUUUGAAAGGUCAGGUUUUGCAGGGACAGGUGAUGCCAGUCCACACUCACAAGAGGCCCAGCCUUCCAGAAUCAGGCUUGAGAAGUAAGAUGAAAUCCUUUCUUCACUGUUUUAACUCCAAGGCAAAAGGCAAAGUGCAUGAGGAAUCCAUGUCCUCUACAGCUGGGAAAGGGGCCAACACCAGAAAAGAAAAUGCAGAAAAGGGCCUGGCUCCAGCCAAAAGUUCUAUGGGGCGAACCAAGACAGAGAGGACAAGAGGGGACUCCAAAGCCCAAUCUUCCCCCACUGAGAAGCAGGAGGGUUUGACCUUCUUGGAUGGUCCCCAUUCCCCUGACAGUAAGCUCCGGCACCGCUCCCGCUCUCACCAAUUCCAUUCUGCCUCAGUCCUGGGCCACCCCCGCCACUGCCCUCGGCACUGUCCUUGAGUGGCUUGUGCCACACAACCAGGGAAUGUACCCUAGCUCUCACCUCCCACCUCAGAGAGAAACGUUGGUCUGCUCAAAAAGACCCAACACAAUCAAAAGUCAUUGUAGGCUCUCAUCUGUGUCC